CGCUGUCAGAGCCUUGACAACGGAGAAACUUUGUUGAUUGAAACGAAACGCUUUAGGGAACUUCAAGGCGAAGUAUUUUAGGCAACAAACGGCAAGAUGAAUAUUAGCUCAACAAUAUGCUGGUGCAAUUGCUACAAUUCGGAGAGCAUCGUCAAUGUGGGCCCCGAUGUGCUCUGCCUGCGGGAAGGCAAUCUGCUCAAGUUCCUGCAGAUAUCCACCAUGACUGUUAGCUACUUCCGUGCGGAGACGGCGCUGACGGGUCUGCAGAUUAACGCCUUCGCCGGCCACAAUCGCUUUCCGAUCUUCGGCUUUGCCGAGAGCAUUUUGCAUGCCAGCAUCCAUAUCUACAAAUAUCCCGAAUUCACAAGAUUCACAACGCUGACGACGCGAACCGUUGUGACCUUCACCCUGAUCAAAUUUUCGGAGCUCGAUCUCUUGGUUGGCAUCGGCAGCUAUCCCAGAUAUGCGAUUUGUGUGUUCAAUUAUCGCACCGCCCAGACCAUACUGGAGCAUCCGACUUAUAUAGCCACACCGGAGUUUGCCAUAAUCGUGGGCAUCACCAAUUUGCCCACAAUCGUCCAGUACGGCAAGAUGGAAAUGAACAUCCUCUGCUACGAGAUGUGCUUCGUUGAGAAGGACGCCUUUUUGCACAAGACAUCCGCUGUGGACAUGGGCAAGAACUAUGCCAAGUCGGCCAGGCAUUUCAUGUGCUUCGGGGAUGACAAUGGACUCUAUGUGAUCAACGAUUUCGGGGAGUUCUCGCAGGUGGACAUACCCUGCUUCGCAGUCAAGCCGCGAUGGAAGCCCACCUAUGUGUCCGAGAAGGGCGCAGGGGAAUUGGAGGCGCGUGCCCAUGCGGUCGUCGCUCACAAAAUGGGAAUCCUGAUCAGCAAUAGCAGCAUGGCGUUCUAUAUCAAGAAGAAGGCCGGCAACUUCAUCGUCGAGUGGACCAUCGACCAGGACCUGGCCAACAUCGGGCUCUUCAUCAGCAACAACAAUGGCGAGCUGUAUGCCUCGGGCAAGCACGGCAGCAUCGACCGAGUGCUGGUCGAGGAGAACGAGGGCAAGCUGGAGCCGAUUAUGGCGGCGGGUAAGCCCAUACUCGCGUAUCGCACACUCGCCUGCUUCAAGGACGAAAUCGUGGUGGUCCUGCACAGAGAUGGCUGCGCCAUGAUGGACUUGCCGACGGGCAAAGUGGUGUCCCACGUGCCAAUCCCUAUGUCUACGGCCCUGGCCGUGCAUCGCGCGAAUCCAUUCGUUGUUGUGGGCACCAUGGACAGCACCCUCUCGCUCAUCCACUUUGAGAAGAUAUCCACUCCAAAUGUCGUGAACCAGAUCAACUGCGACACGCCGCCCGUCUACGAGAUAGCCUUCCACGACAGCACCAUCGUCUUUCAGGACCAGGCCAAGAACAUCCAUGUGGUGAACGUCGAGUAUCGGCCGCCCAAGAUGACGCACUACUUCAGCUUCAAUGACGACCAGCUGCUCACGCAGGUGUUCAUCCAGAGCUUCAUGCUGGUCGAGGGGCCGCGUCUGCUGGUCCCGAUCUCGCGCGAUCAGAGCCUCGAGAAGCCCGGCCAUGCGGAGGAGCUGUGGAUCUACAAUUGGGGCAAAGACCGACGCCUGCACAGGCGCGAAUUGCCGUUGCCCAACACCUACGUGUCCUUCUACACACAUCCGCCGAUGGGCCGCUGGGUGCAGGUGGAGAUUGUGGCCGUGGUCAAGGACAGCACCGUCUUUGAUGUGUUCAUGCUGCACGAGAACAACGACCUCUACUGGACCACAUCGAUCAAGACGACCCACUUCGGCCAUCUCACCGGCAUCGGCGUCACCAAGCACCUGCUCACAUGGGGCGUCGACGGCGUCAUGGUUCACUUCCGACAGCACAAACGCUCGCGGCUGCCCUUCAUGAUGUCGCGCUUCAUCACGCUGCUGUUCCGGCCACAAUACCUGAAACGCGCCACGGAGUGCUACAAUGCCAAAUACCUAUUAGUGUUGACAUCGAAGAAUGUCAUGUGGGUCAGUCGGCUGCCCUCGCUGGCCGACAAUAUACGGGAGAACAUUCAAAUGCCGGUGCCCGAGAAGUUUUUGGUGCAGCAGACGGCGCUGGUGACGCGCAUGUUCCUGCCGCUCACCCUGAAGAUGGAGGUCAAGGAGGAGUACACCAAUGCGGAUCUGUUCAAGCGCGAGAAGGUGCUGCAGAUGAUACAGGAGUUCUCCGCGAAGGUGACGGCGCUGAUUGACUACGACAUUUCCGUGACGGGCAAGACGCAGGGCAUUUUCAAGAAGUUCUGCUUCCACUACAAGUGGCUGGACACCGUCACGGAGGAGGCGCACAAGCUGUGCGAGCUGGAGAGGGCCUCCUUAAUGCUCGCCAUCGAGGAUCAGUCGCGGAUCAGGGACUGGAUUUUGAAGCUGGUGACCCGCGACGCUGUCAACAUUAACUAUAAGGUCCGAUCGAUAUUCGCAGAUGCCAACUUCGAGAGCUACUCCUUGCCGCGUAAAACGAACAUGGUGGAGUUCGAUAAAUAUCGUUUCUAUGACCUGGAGGAUCAUAUACGGCUCUCUGCCAUCUCCAUGGACGAGAUGGAGGACGAUCUCAGCCAGAUAGAGCAAGCCUCCGCCGAAGAUACCGAGGGUGCCAAAGUGCCGGUUCACGAACUGAAGCCCUAUGUGGUGGAAGGGCACAGCGUCUACGAGCACAUCAUGGCGCCGCAAUUUCAGUUGCAGGAUAUUCACACGAUCACCUCGAAUCAGCUGUUUAACGAUAAUACCAAAUACCGCUAUUACCUGGUAGAUCCCAUGAAGGUGGAGUUCAACAAGCACUUCCACGAGGCCCAGCAGCUGAAGAAGGAGACGAUUGACAACGUGCUGAACACGAAUAACGUGCUGAUCAAGAUCUAUGACAAUAUGAACUGCAUGCUGAGGCUUUUGUACAUGGACGCGUUUAUUCCGCCGGAGCUGACCGUGCCGAAGCUGGCCAAGGACGAGAUCAUCAAGUGCAUCAUGGAGGUGGAUGACUGCGAGAUCAAGGCGAUCAAUCGGCGCAGGAAGAAGACCAUCGACAUGGGCGGCAAGCGGGGCCGGCUGCUGCUGUGGUCCGUGGAGUUCUGGGCUCGAGCUCUGAUCGUUAUGAUGGAUGGCGUCAUCGAGAAGCUGUGGGAGGAGGAGAUCAAGAAGGAUAUACCGGUGCCAGAGUUCACGCUCAAGAAACAGCCGCACGAGUACACGCUGGAGGAUCAGAAGAUCUACCGUGCCUACGAGGAGGCCGUCAAUCUGCUGCAGGAGGAUCGUCGCAAAUAUCUGCGCAUUCUCCAUGAGAACGAAGCCAAAACGCUGCAGCUGAAGACCAAGCAAAUUCUCAAGCUGAACCAGCGCAUCGCCGAGCUGAUGCUGGUCAAGCUCAAGUUCAACUUCGCCCAGAAGCAAUGCCGCACGCGCAUGCUCAACCAGCUGAAAAUCCACAGCACACGCGCGGAGCUGCGCAAGCAAAUCAUUGGGCUCCGAGCGGACAUUGACAAGCUGACUGAGUACAUCAAGCGCUACACCAACUUGCAGGAGUUCUGGGAACGGGCCACGCAGGAUGUGCGCGCUCGCCUCGAGGCGCAGCAGACGCGAGAUCGCGCCCUCGAGCGACAAUUCCGCAACAGUUACCUAAACACUGUGCCGCAUGCCGCCCACGAGAUGACAAAGCUCUUCAAGAAGCGGCCCAAGCUGUCAAACAAACUGUUCAACUCGUCGCUCAUCUGCACUGAAGUGGCACAGAAGCUGGGGCCCAAGCAACCGAAUCGCAUGACAUUCCCGAUGCCCAAAGAGAUCUCCGACUUCCUAGCCUACAUCGCUGACAACGAUGCGCCCAAGAACUGCCCCUCCUCGGUGGACGCCAAGGCGUGGGAUGCCUUUAUCAAGCUGCGUCGCCAGAAGAUCGAAAGCGAGCUGCGCCUGAAGGGCCUCGGCCAUCAGGUGGUGGAUAGCCAAAACUAUAACAAUAACCUCACCAAGGACAUCAUCGGCUUGAAGGAGACGAAGGCGCUCACCCAAAAGGAAAUGGAGGAUACCAUACAGAGCUAUCUGGAGGCCUUGAGGAAUAUGCCGCUGCAGUUGACCCUGACACUGGGCCAAGUGGAGGUGCAGGUGGGAGGCUCCGUUAAGUCGCUGGCGAACAGCGUGCUCAUGCACGUGGACGACAUCAAUGAUGUGAACCGCAUGAUAAGGGACGCUGGCAAUAAGAAGAUAAAGUCGAUGCAGCGCGUGGCGAUCUUCCGGCGCCAGGUGAUCUACAAGGAAUGGGAGCACAAGCUCUACAAGGCCAACAUAUCCUAUCUGAAGUACAUGCUGGAUGCCAUCGAGAAGUGCAAGAUAACCAUCGAGUUCCUCAAAAUUCUGCGCAACUGGGAGAAGAUGAAGGCCGAUCGACAGAAAAUGAUGACAGCCGGCGCCAUCGAGCGUAUCAUUGAGCAGAAAAUCGCCGUGUUCCGAAGGCAGAUUGAUCGCGUCAAUAUUAAAAUCGAUGAGGUGAAGCAGAAGAUUAUCGACAUGAAGCGACAAAAUCAUCUGAUUGACUCGAAAAUCGAUCGACUCAAAGUCGAUGUGGCUCUGCAGUCCUCCAUGCGCGACACGAUGAUGGAAGAGCGUCGCGAUCGCGAGCAGAACGAACGCAUGGAACAGAUCAAGACCCACAGACAGCUGUUGGACAAUGUGCGUAAGCACUAUGCCCACGUGCUGGAAUUGCAAACGAUUCUGGAGCUGCUACGUCUGCGCACCUACCCAACAUUGGGUCCACCCUUGCCUCAAUGCCAUCCGCCCGUGCCGGAGCAUAUAUUAUUUUCCGUACCCUAGAUCAAUAAAUAUCGUUUAUCGAGAGUA